AUGGCUUUAUGGGCCUACUGUACUGCACCAAGGAGUUCAAUUGGGACUUCACCGUAUUCUCUUGUCUAUGGCGCUGAUGCUAUUCUCCCAGCUGAGAUCAAGAUUCCCUCUGCAAGAAUCGCGGCGGACAGUGGAGUGCAGUGGGAUGAAGCCGAAGUAUCUAAUUUAAGGAUCGCUGAGUUAGACAUGCUUGAAUCGAGAAGGACCAAGGUAGAAAAAUAUUUGGAAACCUACAAACAGAGAAUUUCCAAGGCAUACAGCAAAAUGCUGUUAAUCGAGGAGUCGAAGGAAACAUCAUCAAUGGCAAAUGUCUCAAAGCGUAUUAUGCUUGAACGAUCAUCAAAAUAUUAA